AUGGGGCUCCCCCUCGCUAUCAGCUCUCCUCCGAAGUCGAUGUGGGACAAGAUCGUUGACAAAUUUCAGAAGUUUCUCGCAAGGUGGAAAUGUAGGUAUCUCUCGUUGAGAGGCCGUCUCACCCUCAUCAAGGCAGCCCUCUCCAACCUGAGGCAUGAUUUUCUGUGGAGUGGGAAGAAUAACCAGAAGAAGCUGCAUCUCCUUGAUUGGCAAGAGGUUUGCAAACACUUCCAAGAGGGUGGUGCUAGCAUCAAAAACUUGAAGAUUAUGAACCAGGCCCUCCUCGGCAAGUGGAUCUGGAGAUUGGGGACUGAAGGAGGUACCCUCUGGAACUCCAUCAUUAAAGGCAAAUACAGGUCCUCGCCAAGCGGGUGGUGGACUAGAGAGUCGUCGUGGAUGGGUGAAGUGCCGCUGAAAUUCCGAUUCCCGAACAUCUAUCGUGUGGCCCCAGAUAAGAACGCAACUGUCGCUAGCCGCUUCUCUAUUUCUGCUGCAAAUACUGUGUGGGAUGUGAAGUGCUCCAGAAACCUUCAUGACUGGGAGAUAUCUGAGUUUGUGGAUCUUCUCGACCACAUCUCUAAAUCUCUGCCUGAUCCGACCUCCUCAGAUAAACUCAUAUGGUUUUGA